CUCAGGCGCCCGCACUCCCUCAACGCAGUGAGUUACUUGGGGCUUCGGCAGCUUGUAGCAAAGAUGCCACAGGUGAAAGUUGCAGAGAUGGAUGAAAUGAUGCGCUCCUUCGCUGAGAAGGUCUUUGCCUCGGAGGUGAAGGAUGAGGACAGCAAGCACGAGGUCUCCCCUUUCGAUGUGGAAGAAAGCUGCCCCAUCUUGCACCGGGAGAUGCGGGAGCACAUGAUCCACCAGGAGACGACAGCCGCGGCUGACAAGCGGAAGAAGCGGCUUUCCCUGAAGACAAUUGCGCUAGCUCUGCCCGUGGCCGAACACUCUGCAACCAAACUCUCCACCAUUGACGAGCUCAUCGCGGCCUCGCCACUGUACCAGGCCGUGCCCGACUUCCAGCGCGUGCAGAUCACUGGGGACUAUGCCUCCGGGGUCACCGUGGAGGACUUUGAAAUUGUCUGCAGAGGCCUCUACCGGGCCCUGUGCAUCCGGGAGAAAUACAUGCAGAAGUCACUGCAGAGGUUCCCCAAGACCCCGGCCCAGUAUCUGCGCAGCAUGGAAGGCGAGGUCUGGCGAGCCGAUGAGAGCCGCGCCCCAGUGUUCACGCCGCCUGUGGGGCAGGGCGAGGACCCUUUCCGAUCCGACAAUCUGCCCGCGGACCUGGGCGACUGCGUCCACAUGCAGCACGGCGUGGUGUACGUCUACGCCGACGCGGCCGCUGCCCGGAGAGGGGAGCCCAAGGCCCUGCCCUACCCCAACCUCGAGGAAUUCCUGGAUGACAUGAACUUCCUCCUGGCCCUGAUCGCACAGGGCCCCACGAAAACCUACGCUCACCGGCGCCUCAAGUUCCUCUCCUCCAAGUUCAAGGUGCACGAGAUGCUGAACGAGAUGGAGGAGCUGAAGGAGCUGAAGAACAACCCCCACCGGGAUUUCUACAACUGCCGGAAGGUGGACACCCACAUCCACGCUGCGGCCUGCAUGAACCAGAAGCACCUUCUGCGCUUCAUCAAGAAGUCGUACCGCGUGGAUGCCGAGCGGGUCGUCUAUGACGCCAAGGGCAAGACACUCACCCUGAAGCAGCUCUUCCAGCAGCUCAGCCUGCACCCCUACGACUUGACGGUGGAUUCCCUGGAUGUCCACGCCGGCCGCCAGACCUUCCAGCGCUUCGACAAGUUCAACGACAAGUACAACCCUGUGGGAGCCAGCGAGCUGCGCGACCUCUACCUGAAGACAGAGAACGCCAUCGAGGGCGAGUACUUCGCCACCAUCAUCAAGGAAGUUGGCUCUGACCUGGAGGAUGCCAAGUACCAGCACGCGGAGCCGCGCCUGUCCAUCUACGGGCGCUCGCCAGAGGAGUGGCCCAAGCUGGCCAGCUGGUUCAACCGGCACAGGAUCUACUCCCCCAACAUGAAGUGGAUGAUCCAAGUGCCCAGGAUUUACGAUGUGUUCAGGGCCAAGAACUUCCUCCCCAACUUUGGGCAGAUGUUGGAGAACAUUUUCGUGCCCGUGUUUGAAGCGACGCUCCGUCCUCAGGCCAACAAGGAGCUGAGCGUGUUCCUGCGCCACAUCACCGGCUUCGACAGCGUGGACGACGAGUCCAAGCACAGCGGGCACAUGUUCUGCACCAAAAGCCCCACGCCGGACAAGUGGAGCCAGGCGAAGAACCCCUCCUACACCUACUACCUGUACUACAUGUACGCCAACAUCACGGUGCUCAACGCCCUCCGCAGGCACUGCGGGGAGGCUGGAGCCCUCACCCACCUGCUCGCAGCCUUCAUGAUGGCCGACAACAUUUCCCACGGCCUGAACCUCAAGAAGAGCCCGGUGCUGCAGUACUUGUACUUCCUGGCGCAAAUCCCCAUCGCCAUGUCCCCGCUCAGCAACAACAGCCUCUUCCUGGAGUACGCCAAGAACCCGCUGCUGGACUUCCACCAGAAAGGCCUGAUGGUCUCGCUCUCCACCGACGACCCCAUGCAGUUCCACUACACCAAGGAGCCCCUGAUGGAGGAAUACGCCAUCGCCGCCCAAGUCUUCAAACUCAGCACCUGUGACAUGUGUGAAAUUGCCCGGAACAGCGUCCUGCAGUGCGGCCUGUCCCAUGAGGAGAAGACCAAGUUCCUAGGGGAGCAUUACCGUGAGGAGGGGCCCCACGGCAACAACAUCUGGAAGACAAACGUAGCUCAGAUCCGCAUGGCCUACCGCUACGAGACCUGGUGCUACGAGCUCAACCUCAUCGCAGAGGGGCUGAAAACCUCGGAGUAGCUCCU